GUCAGGCCUUACUGCUUGUUUCAGUGUUUUCUUUCACACUUCUCUGCCAGACUAUUAUAUGCUAGCAAGUAUUCUCUAGUAAGAAAACAAAAAGAAUCGAGCUGAAGAUCAAACAGAAAAGUCAGUGGCAAGUUAUGCUGAUGGCACCGAUCCUAUCGGAGGGGGGAGGAGGGAGGCUGGGCUACAAUGGACGACAACGACUGCCGAGCACCGACAGUGACGACAGCAGCUCAGAUGAUAACGCGGCUGUUGAAGGUCCCGGCGCUCACGAGUAUAAAUUUACAGAGGCCAGUCACUCAAAUAUGGUGUUGAUGGGUUUGAAUGAUCUUCGCAAAUCUGGACAGUUUUGUGACGUCACUUUAUCAGUCGAUGGAGUUAAAUUUCCAGCUCAUCGGAAUGUUUUGAGUUCCUUCAGUCCUUAUUUUAAGGCCAUGUUCCUGAGCAAGUUGGCGGAGUCCAAGCAGAGCGUGGUGGCUCUGAAAGGUAUUGAGGUGGACAUGAUGAGUCUACUGCUGGACUACGCCUACACUAGCUCUCUGGUCAUCACCAGGGCCAAUGUACAGGCGCUGCUAUCUGCUGCUAAUCUGCUGCAGGUCAUCCCUGUCAUCGAGGCAGCAUGUCAGUUCCUUGAGAGGCACAUGGACGCCACCAACUGUCUGGGGAUCCACUGCUUUGCAGAGGCUCACGCUUGUACAGAACUGCAAAAGAAGGCUAAAGACUUUGCUUUACAGAAUUUUUGGGAGGUUUGCCACCAAGAAGAGUUCCUAACACUUACGGCUGCCAAAUUAGUAGAACUGACAAGCAGUGAUGAACUAGAGGUAGAAAAGGAGGAGACUGUGUUCCAGGCUGUAGCUAAAUGGUACAACCACAAACCUGAGGCUAGAAAACCAGAGUUUGCCAAGGUUCUAGAAACAGUCAGACUUCCUUUGCUCAGUCCUUACUUCCUCCAUGACUGUGUAGAGAGCCUUCCGGUCGUUAGACAGAGUCCAGAAUGCUACAGGUAUGUGGAAGAGGCAAAGUUAUACCACCUGCUGCCUGAUAGAAGAGCUGAGCUAACCUCUGAGAGGACCAAACCCCGUAACAGCGCCGACACUAUUGAGGUAAUCGUCGCUGUCGGUGGAGAAGAUGAGAAAGUAGUCCUUCGUUCAGUCGAGUGUUAUUGUGUCAAAACUCGCACUUGGAGAUCGAUGGCGUGUUUGCCUUUUGCAGUCAGCAAGCACGGCCUGGUGGCCAGUGGCAAGAACACAUUGUACCUGGCUGGAGGAGAGUUCCCUGACGGCUCGGCCUCUAGAUCUGUCUGGAGAUACGACCCUGCACUGGACAUGUGGCUGGAGAUGGCCUCAAUGCUUGUGCCACGCUCUGAACUGGGACUAGCGAUGCUGGACGGUUGUGUGUAUGCUGUGGGAGGAUGGGAAGGCUCAUUCAGAUUAGACUCUGUAGAGCGCUAUGACCCUUCCACCAACAGCUGGAACCUCAUAGAACCCAUGAAGAUGGCAGUGACCAGCCCAGCUGUUAUAGCUCAUGAAGGCAUGCUUUAUGUAACAGGAGGUGCAGUGUUGGAGGACGGGGAUGGUAUAGAGCUGGUACAGAGAUAUGACCCCCGCAGUGACACAUGGACUGAGCUGGCCCCCAUGUUGAUACCUAGGAGUGGUGCUGCUAUCUGUGUGCUGGGCUCUAAUAUAUAUGUUGUGGGUGGCUGGCACGCUUCAACAGAAAACACAAACAGGGUAGAGUGCUACGAUGUACUCAAGAACACGUGGUCUUACAAAGCAUCAAUGUGUGAAAGGAGGUAUCGGCCAGGCAUAUCCGUGAUGGACGGGAAGAUCUACGUGCUGGGAGGAGAGGAGGGAUGGGACAGAUACCACAACUCGAUAGAGUGCUACGACCCGACCAAAGACUCGUGGCACAUCUGUGGAGAAAUGAUCACCUCCAGGUCAUGGCUCAGCUGUGUCCCACUACAGGUGAAGAAAUCGAUGCCUCAAAUCCAAGUUGCAGGGAGAGACAAGUCCUGACAGCCGCAAGCCCCUCUCAUAUGGACACUCGUGUGACCCCACAGCGUUCUGUACCCUCCCUUGGAAAUAGUCGAGAAACAAUAAUAUGUCCUGAAAAUAGUGUAAAAGGCUGUUAAGUUAUUAUAAGAUACCGUUGUUGAGACUUGACUGUUGUGAAAUAAGAAUUAAAUUUUGUUAUGGUUUUGAGAGAUUUUUAUAUAAUUAAUUUGUGUAAUUAUUUGUUUGGUUUUUCAGAGUAGCCUAAUACCAUAGUUUAAAAAAAUAAUCGUAUCCUAUUUAACACUUGAUUGAAAUCUCUGAUAGCAAUAUGACGAUGUUUAAAAACUUUGUUGUCAUUGUUGUAAAAUAUAAAUUAAAAUUUUAACGAGUUUGAGAUUUUUAUAUGAUAAAUUUGUGAAAUUAUUUGUUUAUGUAAGAUUAGUACCAUAGUUUGAAAAUAUAAUCGUAUCUGCUAAAACAUGAUUGAAAUUGCUAAAAAGCAAAGUGUUCCCAACUUAAUGCUACGGCGUCGCUCACUGCAACAAUGUAAAUUACAUGUUUCUUCUUAAUGAUUUACUAUUUAAGAUGGCAAUUAUUUGAAUUAUAAGUUUACAAGGGGACCGUGCGCAAAUUGCACAGUUAAAGGGGAACAAAAACUUGUUUCCGAGGCAAAAUGAAUCCAGUGCAAUACCCAUAUUUACCUUUUCAAGAUUACAGUUAUUAGGUGGAUAGAACUACUAACUUACAAAUUUUUUUUUAAAUUUUAGAUCUGCACUAUAAAGAGUGAUUUGCCUACCUCAAUCACGUCACAGUUAUCCAAAAGUGGCCUAUUUAAAAUACAUUUUUAAUACUCUACACAUGAAAGUACACUUUCUAAACGUAAAACGAGCUAAGAAAAUAGGUUAUCCCCGCUACUGCAUGGCAAAAUUACAUAAUGUUAACUUUCUGUGCAUUUGUGGUGCACGGAAAGUAACCGUUAUGGGAUUUUGCGGUGCAGACCGAUCAGCUUUGUUUUGUACCUCCACAUAAGCACGGAAACUCAGCGUUAGGAGUUCGGUUUCUUUUUCUUGAUACUAAGUUGAAUAGACAAAAAUAUUCAUGUUGUUUACAAGUUUUUUGAUAUCGUAAUGAAAAAUAAUGUUCAAUACUUGCCUCAAAAGAGUCAUUGCCGGGCUCAAUAGCUUUUUCAACCUCUCCCCGCAGUAAGUUACUUUCGAGACUAGUAAUGAAAAAUACUAUUUCAUGUGCUAUUUUGUCUCUUGUUAACAAUUGGAAAGUGGUUAAACAUUCAACUAAAAAAAUAGCAGCUGUUCAAUUACGAUUCACAUUUAAACUGUUAUAAAGAAAGUUGGUCAGCAUAACUGAAUCUUUGAAAAUGGACUCAAGAAAUAAAUUUAAAGUGAUGGGGCAAAGUCCUAAAGGAAAUUACUAUUUUAAUUACCAUUCCCUGGUGCGCUAGACCAUAAGCUUAACAACAACACCUCAAUUGUAGAAUUCAGUUUAGUAGGACGGCCAACAAAAAAGAGAUAUAUCAGAGAACCCCUUUAUUGUAUUAAGUAUAUAGAUAGAUUAGAUUACACAAUAAUAAUGUUUCUUAGUUAUACCUUCUAAAACUCUCAGUUGUCAAUUAAAUAUUGAUAAUUAAAAUAUUUUUUAUAUUUAUAUACUUCAAAAGUCUAAGAGUUCUUGAGCCUUUUUAUACUAAGAUAAUGUAAUUGAUUCUCGAUUAUCUCCAAGUAUGACUGUUGUUCACUUUUUUGUUCCUUUGAAAAAGCAUUUUAUUUACCCUUAACAGUAUUGACUACUGAACUGUAUGUUAUAAUUUUCAAAUUUUAUCAUUGUGUUGUAUUAUUUUGAUGUUUAGUUUGUGAUUGUAUAUUUUGUAUAUUAUAAGUCUGGUAGAUGGAUGAAGAAAAUUGUUGUAUAUUAAACCUGUUUAUAAGUUGAUGCUCUUAAUUUAUUGCAAAGAUGACAUAAUUUGAUCAGCCAUACUGAUACUUUUGCAUAAUAAAAGUGAUCAUUUUCUCAAAA